AUGAGCUUUUUAAUCUUUCAACAUUUGCAGCGAGUUCGCUCGGUUUUCUUGCAUGUUGGCCUUGUGACAUUGUGUGUAUCGUAUAUUUUGAUCGGAGCACAAGUUUUUCUCCUAAUCGAGCGCCCGGUUGAGCAAAGAGCAAAAGAAAUGGCAGCAAUGAGAUUUCACCAAAUGAAAGAGGAUUUCAUCUCGAAUCUUUCUGCUAAUCCAAAAGAUUUUGAUCGUUUAAUCGAUGAAUACACGAGAGAAAUGUUUCGAAUCUUUGAACAAGAACCCUACGCUGGGAAUACAUUCGAAUUGAUGGAAAAGACGAAUUUCUCAAUCCCUCAAGAGAAUCAAUGGACUUUUGCGAGUGCUGUUCUUUUCACAAGCACUACUGUAAUCCCUGUUGGUUAUGGCUUCAUCGCUCCAUCGACAUCUCUUGGAAGAGCUUUUGUCAUCAUUUAUGGAAUGAUCGGUAUCCCAUUGGCACUUGUCACUAUGGCUGAUGCGGGGAAAUUUCUCUCGAAAUUUGUUCUCGAUUUCUUUGAAGAGAGUCUCGUCAUUCCGACGAUCAUGUUCGUCUCAUUUCUUGUCGUUUACCCACUCCUUGGUGGCAUUAUUUUUAACUUUUUCACAGGUAUGUCGAUUCUCGACGCGAUCUACUUCUCGUUAACCUCAAUUUUCACGAUUGGUUUUGGCGAUAUUAUGCCAGACGUCGGCGUGCUCAGCUUGGUCGCCUUUAACAUCAUUGGUGUGAUUUUAGUGACAAUUUCAGUUGAAUGGGUAGCCGCCGAGGCCAUCAAUCAUGUACAUUAUAUGGGAAGGCAAGUGGGACGGGCGAGGCUGUUGGCUGAGAAAAUGAUACAUAUCGCUCAAUCACUAAGCGUCAACAAAGGGAUCGGUGCCGGGAUGACUCAAUUGCAUGCAUUAGCUAAAUUCGGAAUGUUUGCCAAGUUCGAGACGCCAACCGCCAACCACCAAGGUCAACCGACGACCGUUCAAUUCAUUCAUGAGCAACCGAAAAUCGCUUUUGAACCGGAUUUGGAUGAUGAAGAUUUUCAAUAUAUGGAUCACGGCGUAUCAACCGAUAUCCGAGCAUCGGCUUUGCAUUUGAAUUUGUAUGAUUUU